CCAGUAAGGUGUGGAUUCUCCUCCUGAUAGCAUCGCAUUUAGCAAAUGAGAAGUGUGUGCCGUUGAGCCUGUGACUUGUGUGCCUUAUUUUGGUGCUGAGAGUGAAUAAUUUGUCGUUAUUUGCCAGCAGAGACUCAGAGGAAUAUCCACGCAAAAAGUGCUCAAAUUCACCAAAGUUGCCAAGCGCCGCGCGCAAUGUUGAACGUGCUAAAAGUACUUGCAGCGACAGUGUUGCUCGCGAAAUGUACACACAGCCAGACUAGCCCAUUUCCUCCGCCAUUCUCGGGCCCUGGCGAUCACCUGCGCACGCGAGUGCCGCCCACGGAGGCGCAGUUCAGGGUGGUGUACGAGUGGCGCGUGAUCGACUUCGCCUUCCCGCUGGAGCAGCUGCGACUCACGGCGAUCUACAACCACGACUACAUCCCGCAGAACAACCUCAUCUCGGACGUGAAGGCCUUCGCCAACAGGCUGUACGUCACCAUGCCACGGAUGCUGCCCGGAGUCCCUGCCACGCUGGGAUGGGUCGUUGUGCCGGACAACAACGGCCGGACAGAUCCAGAAAUCGAGCCUUUCCCUUCGUGGGCCAUGAACGAGCGCGCCAAUUGCUCGGCCCUGCAAUUUGUCCAGGGAAUCGCAAUUGACGCCUACGGAAUCCUCUGGGCAGUGGACUCUGGACGCACUGAGACUCUGGCUCCUGGCCCCGGAUCCGUGAUCUGCGGCCCGAAGCUCUGGAUGUUCGAUUUGCGACGAAAUGGAUCUCUGGUGCAUCGCUAUGACUUCCCCGAAGAGGUUGUCUCGCGAGGCUCCAACUAUCUCAACAAGAUCGUGGUGGAUGACGCUUUCGGCGGCUACGCGUACAUCACGGACAACUCGGGCGCCGAUCCGGGAAUCGUGGUGUUCUCGCGGAAGCUGAACACGUCGUGGAAAGUGCGCGAGAGCAAUUCAAUGAGGGCAGCGCAGAAUGCUGUCCAGUUCGCUGUGAAUGGAACGGCGCUGGGAUUUGCCAUUCACAUCGAUGGCAUCGCCCUGGGGCCCUACUUCAAUCCCAAUGUCGUGGGAGACAGUCUCAACAGACAGCCGCUGCACUACGAUGAGAACUUCGAGAGGAACGUGUACUACUGCCCGCUGUCCAGCUACCAUCUCUACUCCAUUCCCGCCAGUGUUCUGCGGAAUCCAGACUUCGCGCGGACGGCGUCGCCCAGACAAGUGAUGGCCGCGGUCACGGAUCACGGCGUGAAGGCCUCGCAGACGGACGGCAUGAUCAUGGACAACGAGGGUACUCUGUACUUCGGUCUGCUGGCGGAUCACGCCAUCGCGCAGUGGAAUUCCUACUCACCCUUCACGCCCGACCACCAGCGCAUCGUGGCACGGGAUCCUUUCUACAUCCAGUGGACAGACGGCAUGAGCUUCGACGAGGAGGGACAUCUCUACGUGGUGGUCAACCGGCUGCACAACCUCGUGGCCGGACGUCUGGACACGAAUGAGGUGAACUUCAGGAUCCUGCGCGCCACGACGGGCACGCGAAGCUACGUGAACACCGCGGCCGUGAUCAACGGCGCCGUGACGGACAACGGCAUCUCCAUCCCGGACGGCAUCUACGACACCACGGCCUUCGGCUCCUUCGCCGGCUUCCCCACCACGACGCCCCAGUACAGCGGCCUGGGCAGCGACCGGCGAUACUACUACGGCAACGCCGCCCGCUGCGCCAGCCUCGCCGCCCCCGUGCUGCUCCUCACCCUCAUCCUCAGCCUCCUCGCGCGAUAGACAAGCUUUAACUCCGCCACACAACGAAUCCCAGCAUCUCGCCUAGUCGUCAUCCGCAGUAUUUCUCUCAUUUCCCAUUGUAGCCGACGAUGAAGCGGAGCAGAGUUCUCAAAUGAAUAAAUUUUCGAUGGAUACCAAA